GUUGUCGAUCGAUCUGUGUGCUGUGCAUUCUUUUAGCGGCUAACGAAAUUAACUAAGUUUCUAUUGAAAUCGUUCCUGGAAAUUCGCUAAACUUCCUGGAAACGCGGUCCUGUUCAAAGUGCAGUCUUUGUAUUGUUUAUCUUGCCGAUUCCCUGUCGGUUUUGUGGUGAAAUUAAGCGAAAAUUGUUAACAGUCAACCGCCAUGGAUUGCAAAAAGUGCGCCCUGCCAGUAGAAACGAGUAUUCAACCAUUCAUUCACUGCAAUGGGUUGUGUGCUGCAAUACACCACGCUGCUUGUGUGGGGUUGGAUACACCUAAUCUUGCUGCUGUAUCACCUCCAUAUAAAAACAGCUUUUGGUUGUGUGACGAGUGCAUCGACGAAUUUGUUUGCUGGAGAAAUGAUCGAAGCGCGAAUGCGAAGGAAUUAUCUUCUCGACCCGAGCUCUCGCUCAAUCCUGAACAACAAUCUGCACUACAACGCGAUGUCGAAGAGCUGAAGGGGAAAGUAGAGUCAAUACUGUCUACGCUAACUACUACUGCGAGCUGCCUCCCAAACACGGAGAUGAUGCGGCACUCAACUCCCAACUCAUCACGGCAAUUCAGUAGAGAAAUGAGUGGAACAAACGCAUGCAAUGUAACGCCAAGUGUAUCUGCAGCUUCGGAACGAUUAACGGAAUCUGCUGUAGAUGAGAGUUUCGCAUUAUUGUUGACAAACAUCGAUGGGAACGUUUCCGAGGAGGAUGUCCAAUUGAUGGUCGCCCGAAGUUUAGGAGCCUAUGAUGACGAGUGCAGAAACAUUAAGAAACUUGUUCCGCGAUGGGUUGAUUGUAGUACGCUUGACUACGUUUCGUUUAAAAUAAUCUUGCAUUGUAAAUGGAAACCGGCUGCAAUGAUGUCUACUACAUGGCCGAGAUAUGUAAAAUUUCGUGAAUUUAGGAGAAGAGAAUGCACUUGGAAGCCCGAUAAUUUGUGAUGUGUUUCAUUACUGUACAUUAUUUAAAUUCUAUGGAUAGAUUUAUGUUGUUGUAAUUGUAUUUAUUUUGAACUGUUUUUCCCUUGUUUUGUUAAGUGUUUUAAAAAGUUUGCGUAAAUGUUGUUGAAAUUUUUGUUUAAAUGUUUGUUAAAAUGUUAAAAUACGAUUAUUGAAUCAACGUAGCCUAUCCUGAGCCUUCAAUACCAGUUAGAAUAAGUUCAUUCAAUUAGACUAAAAUAAGUCCGUUGAAUUAAUAAUA